GGAAAGAGUUUCAUCUUGUAAGGAGCCUCUUUGUUUUGAAGCCGUGCAUCGGUACGUCUUUCCGGUAGUGAACGUAAGGUUUAAGGGUGUUAUAGUGAAAGAAGUCCAUUCAUCAUGACAGACGUCGAGACCUGGGGUGAUGAGGAUCCGGCAGUGAUGGAAACUGAAGCAACAUUGCCUGUUGCUCAGCCUGCAGAACUGCCAGAAAUAAAGUUAUUUGGUAGAUGGAGUUGCGACGAUGUUCAAGUUUCAGAUAUGUCCCUACAGGAUUACAUUGCUGUCAAAGAAAAGAAUGCCAAAUAUCUUCCCCAUUCUGCUGGGCGAUACGCAGCCAAGAGAUUCCGCAAGGCGCAGUGCCCAAUUGUGGAAAGAUUAACUAAUUCACUUAUGAUGCAUGGCCGCAACAAUGGAAAGAAGUUAAUGGCCGUGCGCAUUGUAAAGCACGCAUUUGAAAUCAUACACCUUCUUACGGGAGAGAAUCCGCUGCAGGUUUUAGUGUCAGCUAUAAUUAAUUCAGGUCCCCGGGAAGACUCGACACGUAUCGGUAGAGCAGGAACGGUGCGUCGUCAAGCAGUUGAUGUGUCUCCGUUAAGGAGAGUGAAUCAGGCAAUCUGGUUGCUGUGUACUGGAGCAAGAGAAGCAGCUUUCAGGAAUAUUAAAACUAUUGCGGAAUGUGUUGCUGAUGAACUCAUUAAUGCAGCAAAGGGAUCUUCCAACUCCUAUGCUAUCAAGAAGAAAGAUGAACUUGAGCGUGUUGCAAAAUCAAACCGUUAAAAAUUGAAUGAGAUCAGAUUGUGGUUAAUAAAGUAAUUUCUUCCAAUGA